AUGCUCUGGAACAUUUCAUGUGAUGGUCUUCUGAGACUGAAACAACAAGAUGGAGUCACGCUGACUGAAUUCGCUGACGACAUUGCUAUGGUUGUGAUAGCCAAAGGCGAAGAGAGUCUAAUAACCACUGCAAACACUGCACUUCAGGGGGUAUCAAACUGGUUAGAAAACAAGGAACUUGAAUUACCUCCACAAAACAAAAGCGGCCUUCCAGACAACAAAUUGAAAAAUUUGAUGUACAAGUCUCUCCCGGUUUCUGCGAGUACGCUUUCGAUGAUGGCCCUUUCGGUGGAUCGAUACUUCACCGUUAAAAACUACAGGCCAAUCGGUCAAGUAGCGACUAGACGCCAAGUCUUGAGUAUCGCCGUAGCAGCUACUUGGCUGUCUGCAGCAGUGCUGGCAUCUUUUCAAAUCAUCUCGAGAUACAAACAUCCGUGGAAAAGAGGACUCAUGAUUGGCCGAAUAACGAUGGUUCACGUAAUACCGGCUUUUGCUGUCAUGAUGAGCCAUCUGGGAGUCCACGCAAAACUGACCGCUUUAUCUCUGACUGCUAGAGCCAAGCACGGGGAAUUGCCUUUACCAAUUCCGCUUAUCAGAAGGCCUACACAUGUCAUCAUUGUCGCUGGAAUGCCAAAGGGCAGGGAACAAAUGAGAAUUCCAACUGCUCAAGAUACAAUCGAAGAAACUCCACCACCUACUUCAACUCUUCGCAGUCGAAGACGUUUGGCGAACUGCUUACUAUGUUUAUCACUUUUCUUCAUAAUCUGUUGGUUCCCGUAUGUCGUAUGCCAGUUUUAUGAAGAAUUAAUGCACACUCCUCCCGAAUAUGUCCAACAAAUCACGCUUUUUCUCGGACAUAUGCAUUCUGCUAUUGGUCCUAUCCUUUACUGGAGUAUGAACCACAAAUGGCCUAAAGGACCCUGUAGUAGAAUUCGAAAUCUAACAAUAUACAGAAGUGCUUCUUCUACCAAUGAAGCUGCUCUUGGUCCCUUCAAUCCCCGUCUGGUUCGCCCUCCACCCUAUAGGAGACGUUCGUCUCAAUAUCUGUAUUAACUCUGUGAUCACCCUAGCCUGACCCGAGCAACUGACUCAGGAUGUGCAAUAUCUGUUUUCUGUUUAUCCUUUAAAGUCUAAAAAGCCACGUUGAAAUAAAAACAACAAAAAACAAUUAUAAAAUCAAAAAUUUAUCGGAAGUUAUAAUUGUGUGAUAGAAAAAGGCUGAAUAGGACAUUUUAAAUGUUGAUGUUUUCUACUUCUUCCCCCUCUUCCACCAAUUUCUGAAUUUCCUCAAAUUCUUUCCAUUGAGAUUUUAUGGUGUUGGUGUUACUUCUCUAUUUGCCGUUUUAAGUGUGAUACAAACAAAAACUCUACUGAGUUUCAAAAUGUUAACCAUGUCAUUCACGAUGUUAUAUGUUUGAUGUUGUCAACGAUUUUUCGAGUUUGAGCAUAUUCAGAAAAAUGUUGAAUUUCGAAGGGAAUUUCUCCUGGAAUAAAACUAUCACAACAUCUCUCGGAAAACUAUUUUCUAAGGGUGAGUAUGAAAUUUUACUCAAUGUUUCUUGUCUGAAAAAAGUACUCAUUUAUAUUUUGUGAU